AUGACUUAUCUAGUGUCUUUAUUUCUUUUGGGUUUAAUUUUUGGGUUGGUGGCGGUUGCGUCUAACCCUGCACCUUAUUUUGCUGCGUUAGGUUUGGUUAUUGCUGCGGGUGCGGGGUGUGGAGUUUUGGUUGGGCAUGGGGGUUCUUUUUUGUCUUUGGUUUUAUUUUUAAUUUACUUGGGAGGUAUGUUGGUUGUGUUUGCUUAUUCUGCGGCUUUGGCUGCGGAGCCUUUUCCAGAAACAUGGGGGGACCGGUCAGUUUUAGUAUAUGUUUUGUUUUAUAUCUUAGGGGUUAUGGCAGUGGUUGGGUGGUUCUGAGGGGGCUGACAUGAGGCUUGUUGAGUUGCCAUUGAUGAGUUGAAGGAAUUGGUGGUGCUUCGGGGAGAUGUUAGUGGUGUGGCUUUAAUAUAUUCUUCAGGUGGUGGUUUGUUAAUGUUAUGUGCCUGGGUUUUACUCUUAACUCUUUUUGUAGUAUUAGAGUUAACACGUGGUUUAAAUCGUGGGACUGUUCGAGCUAUUUAA